UGGACUUAUUCAAGAAUGAGCUGACCUAAGCCCUAUUUACACUCUCGCCUUGACCACUUUGGACAAUCUAUUGAGGUGUAUUUACGGACUAACCUUUGCGGCUGUUGCUCAAAAUUCACUGCACUCAUUGGGUAAUCACAGUGCUGAGUACAGUGUUUCCAGAUGGCCGCUGUCACUCCAAUUAGCCCGACACCUCACCGUCCGCCACAGCAAAUAGGCCUUUGUAACCUUGAGAGAAAGCGGGGAUAAUAGAGCAGCCUCAGCAGAGACGACUCGAAGCAAAGAUCAGAACAGGGUCAAUGUUUUGAGUAGACCGGAGGGAUGGGAACAUUUGGCAUGCGGCGGGUGACUUUGACAGUAACAGCCCAGGGCGCAGAACGGGGCGAGUCUCAGGGUCACCACAUACAAAAUGAUAUCCAUCUGAACAGAGAGAGAUCCACCAACCUAACGCCCACCGCGUGGCCGCAAGCCUCCGCAAUAUCUUUAGUUAUUAGCAGUGAACCUAAUGGAAUUAAAUAGCCCUGCCCUGCCCUGGUCUGGUCUGGCUUCUACUUCUGGAUGGAAUAAUUCCAACCCAUAGGACGCGAGAGUAUCUUAUUUCGAUAUACCGUGCGAUUUGCCGACAUUGCUGACUGUUUUGACCUCCACGUCGUAUUAACAAAGAGUCAACGCAAUUAAUUGUUGGGCCCAAGAUUGCCUCUCUCAAAUCACAUCACAUCACAUUGACCG